GCCGGCCCGCCUCAGUCCGAAGGGGUGCGCGUCAUAACACAGCGCCGGCGUCGCCCCUCCCCUCAGGCUUGUCAUCAACGCCGCGCGGCGCAGCGCUCGCGGAUGACGUCACGGCGGUGCCGCUGGAGGACGGGGCGCUCGGUCCGCCGUAACAGUGUACACUGCCCGGGCCCCUUCCCCUCCCGUCUGGCCAGCGGCGGCCGGGACGCUGACACUCGACGCUGCUCCGGAGCUCAGGCAGAGCGGCAGGCGGAGGGAGGCCGGCGGAUGCCCUGCCCACGCAGACGGGGGACCUUGGCCGGGAAGGUUCUCUUCCUGGGGUACACAUGUCCGACGUCUCAGGCAGGUGUUCGGCUUUCAGCGUCCUGGCUCGUCACCGCGCAGACAUCACCGCAGACGCUUUCCGGGGCUCAGCGCUUAGUAACGGUAGCCCCGGGUCUCGGCUCUCCUGCCAUCCCGACAUCCAUAUACGUUGUGGGAACAGGGCACACACCAGGCCAGUGGCUGACCUCGAGCCUUCACGUGCCACAGGGGCCCUCAGGAGGAAUGGCCACCUUGGGCAGGCUGCUUGGGUACAAGCAGGUCCGGAUGGAUGCUAUGGCAGGUGUCGAGGGAGGAAUGGAAGCGGCUUCUCCGGGGAGUUCUGGAAUUUUGCUUUGUGACAGCCUGAGCCUGCUGUGGCAGCAUGUGGUGACAGGGGCUACUCCGGUGCGUUACCACCUCCACACAUCCUCCUGGCAGGCCGACAGCAACAGGGCCUUGCUCACGCGUGUGCACCGACAAGCCUACGCACGCCUCUACCCUGUGCUCCUGGUCAAGCAGGACGGCUCCACCAUCCACAUCCGCUAUCGGGAGCCACGACGCAUGCUUGAGAUGCCCGUGGACCUGGACACCCUAUCCCCAGAGGAGAGGCGGGCACGGUUCCGGAAACGAGAGACCCAGCUCCGAAAGAAAAAGGAGGAGAAGCCAGAGCUUGGUGACGACUUUGACUUGGAGCAGUACAAGCGGUUUUGGACAAAAAAGUGACUGUGCCUAGAAGCUGCCUUGGCCGGGGAUGCCAUAGGCAGGGAGGUGUGUCUUUAAAUGGUGUGUUCACAAA